AUGGACCUACGGCUAAAUUUCCAGCUUCUGGAAGCCCUGGUUACGGAUACUGGACCUAGCUAUGGCAGCACGUUGAAAGUGCCGGCCACCGGAAGCGGACAUUAUGCAACUGGAUACGGACCAUCAGUGAAAUUUCCAGCAUCAGGGAGCCCAGGUUACGGAUACGGAUCUAGCUACGGUAGCACGUUGAAAGUACCAGCCUCAGGAAACGGGCCAUAUGGGACUGGAUACGGACUAUCGGUGAAAUUUUCUGCAUACGGGAGCUCUGUCUACGGAUACGAUCCCAGCGUUGGCAGCAUGUUGAAACUGCCAGCCACAGGCUACGGUCAGACACUGAAGCUCCCAGCUCAUGGAGGAGGCGGUUAUGGUGCUGGUACAAGCCAGACAUGGCAGUUUCCAGUUUCGGGUGGUGGAGUGGUAAGCUACGGUGAAACACUGCAACUUCCAGCCUCUGUAGGAGGCGUUUACGGUGUCGGUCAAAGCCAGACAUGGAAGUUUCCAGCUUCGGGUGGUGGCGUAAAAGGUUACACUCAAACAGUGAAGCUCCCAGCGUCAGGAGGUGGCGGUUAUGGUAUCGGUCAAAGCCAGACAUGGCAGUUCCCAGUUUCGGGUGGCGGAGUGAAGGGGUACGGUCAAACACUGAAGCUCCCAGCCUCUGGAGGUGGUGGAUUUGGUGUCGGUCAAAGCCAUACAUGGAAGUUUCCAGCUUCGGGUGGUGGCGUAAAAGGUUACACUCAAACAGUGAAGCUCCCAGCGUCAGGAGGUGGUGGGUUUGGUGUCGGUCAAAGCCAGAUAUGGCCGUUCCCAGUUUCGGGUGGCGGAGUGAAAGGCUACGGCCAAACAGUGAAGCUCCCAGCUUCUGGAGGUGGUGGUUUGGUGUCGGUCAAAGCCAGACAUGGAAGUUUCCAGCUUCGGGUGGUGGCGUGA